AUGCGCAGGGGUGAUGUCCCUCGUGAGCUCUGUCAACAAUGUGUCCAAGAUGCAACCCAGCGACUAUCAACAAAGUGCUCCUUGUCCAAAGAAGCUGUGAUUUGGAUCGAUGAGUGCAUGGUUCGCUUUUCCAACCGUUCAUUUUUUUCCACCUUCGACACUAGACCUAAACUUCACGUAUACAAUGAGGUGAAUGCCUCAGACCAGGAAACGUUCAUGCGUUUAGUGUUUGACAACUUAAACAAAACUGCACACGAAGCAGCUCGUGGUAAUAGUAACAAGAAGUAUGCGACAUUGCAAACAGACAUAUCUAAAUCUCAGAGCCUUUACUGUCAAGCUCAGUGCACACCGGACCUGUCGCCUUAUGAUUGCAGAAGAUGUCUCAGUUUAGCGAUAGGGGAACUUCCACGUCAAGGGUCGCUAGGGAUAGUUCUAUAUCCCAGCUGUAAUGUUAGGUAUGGAGUGAACCCUUUCUACCGCUCAUCUAUCCCUACACCAGUGCCGGUUCCUGCAUCAAAGUUUCCCAAUGCAGAUCAACAAUUUUCAGAAGAUCCCACUUAUCUAUACCACAAUUGCACCACUAAUGCAACUGCUGACAGCACUUACAAAAGGCAUCUCAACACCCUCCUCUUUUACUUGUCUUCCAAUGCUACCGAUGGCAAUAAAUUUUCUAAGAAUAAUGUGGAGGACAGUGUGUAUGGCCUCUUCAUGUGCCGCGGUGACCUUCCCUCACGCCUCUGUCAACAAUGCGUUCUCAACGCAACACACCAAAUAUCCGCAUCGUGUAACUCAUCUGAAGAGGCUAUCAUAUGGUACAGCCACUGCAUGCUUCGCUAUUCCUAUCAGAAUUUCUUCUAUCAAGUGGAGGAAACUCCAGCAUUUCAAAUGCUGAAUGUUACCACUAUCUCCAACCCCAUCCCGGGACAAGAGUCCUUCACUUUUACAUUAUCAAAUACAUUAGCUGAUCUGGCGAACGCGGCAUCAGAUAGUAGCGAGAGAUAUGUGAUUAAAUCAUCAAAACUGAAUGAUGUACAGACCCUUUAUACUCUUGGUCAAUGUACACAGGAUUUGCCUACCGAUGAUUGUGGGAACUGUCUGGAAGAUAUAAUUGGAAAAAUUCCAUGGUCACACUUGGGAAGCAUAGGGGGGAGAGUUUUAUGUCCGAGUUGCAAUCUCAGGUUUGAAUCGUUCCAAUUUUACGGGAUUGGUGACGAAGCGCAAUCGCCGAGGCCGGGUAAUCUUUCUCCAUCAGUCCACAAAGAAAUUUCAAUGGACUUCAUUGUCGGCCUUCCUUCUUCUAAUGGGUUUACCACGAUAUUUGUUGUGGUAGAUUGUUUGACUAAGACAACACAUUUCAUGCCUCUCAAGACUACAUUUACAAUGAAGAUUGUGGCUACUAUCUUGGAACGUAUUAGCAAGGUGGCAUAUCGACUAGAUUUUCCAUCUAAUAGUCGCAUUCAUCCAGUUUUCCAUAUUUCCUUACUAAAGGCUUACUCAGGUCCAACUCCUCCUACUUCCAUCAUGUGCGAUGACUUUUCAAAACACCAGUUACCUACACUGCAGGCCAUCAUUUAUAAACACAAUGUACCAACUCCAGAGGAAAGUCGAUACCAAGUUUUGGUUGAGUGGGCUGACAAGCCACGCGAAGAAGCUACUUGGGAGUCAUGGGAUCUUAAUUUUAGUCAACCUCUAUACCAAGAUGGCCCUUGA